UACAAAUUCAUGCUGCUAAUGUAAUAUUUAAGGAAGAUCGAUUUUCAUUUAUUUCACUAAUUGUUUACUAAUUAAGCCAUAUCAUUGGUGGUUUUCGUACUUUAAUUCUAUGUACUAGUCAUAGGAAUCUAAUCAUCUACUAAGAAAAGGGAAAGACGUGAUAUUGAGAACUUUAGAAGUUUCCGUACGUGAAAGAAAAAGUCUUCAUAAAUAUCUCCUUUCCUGCCAAAAUAAAUAAAUAAAUAAAUAAUAAAUAAACAAUAGAAACUAUAUAAGAUUCUUUUAUAUUAUAAUUCACAGGUGAAAUGGUAAAGAAAAAAAAAAAAAGAUGCAAAUUGAUGCAUGAUUCAAAUUAAAAAUUUAUUAUUAAUUAGUUUGUUAAGGUAUAAUAUUUAAAUGUCUGUUUCUUUUUUCGUCUCAUAAAUACUGUGAAAGUACAAAACUUGCAGAAAAGAUAAGGACAUAUGAAAAGAUAGAAAACGGGACAGCAAUAUCUCUCAAUUUACCGAUAUCACCAUUCAGCUAAACUACAUUAUUCUGCAAAUGCUGGAAUAAACAAUUCCCUUUGUCAUAAAAUCACACUCUGCAGCAACCUCAAUACCACAAAUGGAAAAAUUACUUAAAACUCAAAAAGCAUCUCAAUUUUGUGGUACCGUGCUCCACCCUGCGGUAUAGUACUUUAUCAAGUGCUGAAAAACAAAAGUGUGUUUCAUAUAAUACCAUAUAUGUAUGUAUGUCAGUACUGGGUGGAGAGAACAAAGAGCGAAAAUUGAAGAAAAAGAAGAAGAAAUUUUAAAAAAAUACAAAAAAUAAAAAAUAAAAAUAAAAAACUAUGGAAGCUUUUGUACCAUGUGAAUUAAACCCUUGUUUGGAUUGUAUUUUUUAUAAUGAUCAAUCAACACUAGCAGUUCCGGAGGAAGAGUACAACUUAGUUUCCAGGGUAACGGCGACGAAAAUAGCGAAUAAUGAGGGAUCAUAUAAGGAGCAGAUGAUGAAGAAGGGGACAUUCCUGAGGCUGAAUUAUGAAGCAGUUAUCACUGCUUGGGACAGCCAAGCUUCCCCAUGGACGACUGGAACUCCACCCGAGCUUAAUCCCGAUGAAUUCUUGCCUGAAUUUAAGGGUUUCAAUCAUAUGGAUAAUGAUCACGGACCCGGAGGAGAUGGAGGAGGAAGAGAGGCAAGAAUUUUAAGGUACAAAGCGAAGCGAAGAACACGGUUGCUGUCGAAAACAAUAAGGUACGAAGUUAGAAAGUUGAAUGCUGAAAAGAGGCCAAGAAUUAAUGGGCGAUUCGUUAAGAUGACAUCCUUAUUUUGUGGGGAUUGACGCUUUUCGAUCCAUACCAAACUAGAUAACAUGAAAGGUCAUCAUCCAGUUUUUGCUUCCUGCCUUGGCAAAGUAGGAAUGCUUACUGCUUUAUUAAUCAUAGAAUAAAAUCAAACUAAUUGAGUUGGGUAUUUACCUUGAUUAUCAAAAAAAAGAAGAAAAAAAAUUAGUUGGGUAUUUAUACCGAGAUUUGAUCUCUUAGGAACUUUCUCCAACGUUAUAACAAUAUAGCUAAUUAGGGUUAAUGGUUGUCACAUUUCAAUUGAGUUUUUAGUUUUAGGGUUAUUAGCACUCUUAAUUUCUGAAUUAUGCUCACACUUACAGUUUGGUUUUUAAUUUUUUAUAUUUUGAUCUUUAAACUUCA